AUGGACGGAUCUCGCCCGAGGAGUGGCAGCCUCCUCUCUCAGCCAUCAACGAAAUACAACGCAUCCAGCAGUCGACCUCCCAUACACACUCCACCAGCCUCCGCGAUCGACCUCGAGGGUGGAGGAGCAGCGACAGCGGGUGGAGACUAUAAGAGAGGCUCCGAGUCCGAUCAGUCCAUCGACAUGGAACUGUCCUCCAUGCACUCCUCCGACGAUGAAACAUAUCCACCCGCCCACGACGGCGACUACGACUCCGAUGAUGAAGAGACGGGCUUGACACAGACUGAGCGCAAGAAGCGGCGUAGGCGGAGACGGCGGAGGCUAUCUCAAUCACAUCAUGCACAUCUCACAGCGGAAGAGAAAGGAAUAGCAAAGACUGCCCUCAUCCGGCGUCUCCUCAUAAAUGGCCUUCUCAUCCUGCUAUGGUAUUCCUUCAGCAUAUCCAUAUCCGUCUACAACAAAUGGAUGUUCUCGGCAGAGAAUCUGGACUUCCACUUCCCCUUAUUCACCACCUCCAUCCACAUGCUGGUACAAUUCUCACUCGCGAGCCUGGUCAUAAUAUUCUUACCACGAUUCCGGCCGGGAAGAGACAAGAAUGGUAACAUCAUACCCGCAAAUCCUGAAGGCGAUUCAGGACAAAACCACGAAGCGCAUCGCUACGAACAGGUCGGAUCGGAAAGCAGGCCCCGCCAACAGCCACCAAAACCACCUCUCAUGACCAAAUCCUUCUACCUCACCCGCAUAACCCCCUGCGGCAGCGCCACAGCCCUGGACAUCGGACUAGGAAACUUCUCCCUCCGCUUCAUAAGCCUCACAUUCUUCACAAUGUGCAAAUCCUCCGUGUUGGCCUUCGUCCUCCUCUUCGCCUUCAUUUUCCGCCUCGAGCAACCCACCAUAAAACUCUGCCUCAUCAUCCUCCUCAUGACAGUCGGUGUAAUCCUCAUGGUGUCCGGAGAAGCAGCUUUCAACGCCUUGGGUUUCAUUCUUGUAAUGACAGCAUCACUCUGUUCUGGAUUCCGGUGGUCUCUAACACAGAUCUUACUCUUGAGGAAUCGAGCAACGAGUAAUCCCUUCAGUUCGAUUUUCUUCUUGACGCCUGUCAUGUUUUUUGUACUAUUCAUUCUGGCUGUUCCAAUUGAAGGACCUCGAGCCGUUCUGGUGGGGCUGCACGAUUUGACGGAAGCCAAAGGAACUUUUGUUGGCAUCCUACUUCUACUCUUCCCAGGAUGUCUGGCAUUCAUGAUGGUCGCGGCCGAAUUUGCGCUUUUGCAGAGGACAUCAGUGGUCACACUCUCCGUUUGCGGGAUCUUCAAGGAAGUGUUGACGAUCAGUGCGGCGAGCGCGACGUUUGGUGAUGAGCUGUCGCCAAUUAAUGUUUCCGGGCUCAUUGUCACCAUCGCGAGUAUUGCUGCGUACAACUGGUUGAAAUAUUCAGGAAUGAGCAGGGAAGCCAAAGAUGAGGCACAUGCAAUUGUGUCAGCCGCAGAAGCGGAUGUACAGACCGGGAAGAGGAGCAGCAUAGAGCAGGCGGAUGAGUUCGCAAUUGGAAGAGACAGCAUGGGCUCGGAAGCUGGAGGUUUGAUGCGAGAUUCAUUGCAUUUGGCUACAGAUCACGACCGAAGUCGAGGGCCUCAGAGGAAUGAUAAUCUGAGGAGUCCGACGAAACGGCCAGAGGAUUUAGAGUAGGAAUGUACUAGUAUAUGCAUAUGACGACGAGCCGUAUUCAAACGGCCAUGAUUGACACAAGACACAUUGUCUAUUCCGUUGCGGUGUCACACG